AUGCCUUUUUGUUCUUUUCUGUAUGAUACGCAGUUAGGAAUCUUAACCAUAAACUUUGAAAAUUGCACACUUUUUCGUGCCUUCGCCCCUGUCGCCAGGCUGGGACAGUGGCAUUUCCACGCGGCGGUGCUUUUUCCGGUUCUCGCUGCGGAUUUCCAGCGUUGGUUCAAGUUCAAAACCGAAAACGAAACGUCGGGUGAGACUUGGGCAUCCCACGGCAACCGCCGGACCAUGGCCAUGUAUCGGAAAGGGUCGCGGUACUUCGCCGCGCGUCAUGACGGUUCCUAUUCCCUCGCCAAAGAGGUCCGAGCCCUGCUGCGCGAGCUCAGGUGCGGCCGGGUUCAACCGCACGUCUGUGCUCUGGACAAAUCGGACGACGACGACCUCCAGGCGGUGGAGUGCGCCGUCUGCCUCGACGCCUGCGUGGACCCCUGCACCCUGCGCGGUUGCCCUUCCGCGUCGUCGCACACGUUCUGCCUGAGCUGCAUCACGAGGUGGGCGGAGGUCGCCACGUGGUGCCCGCUGUGCAAGCUGCGCUUCGACGCCAUCAUCCCGCCGAAUGGCGAACCCAUCGAGGUUCAGGCCAGGUCGCCCGGGGACGCGCCGAGGGUCGAGGCCGACGAUGUGGUGGGAAUGGACGAGUACGGUAACGCCGUAACCGCGAGGGAAUACAUCGAGUGCAUCGACGCGAAGCUGUGCGAGGUUUGCGAGGGGGGCGCCGACGAAACACAGCCGGGGAUGAGCGAUGCGGAGACUUUGCUCUGCGACGGGUGCGACUCGGCUUGGCACAUGGCGUGCCUGCGCCCGCCGCUGACGACGAUCCCGGAGGGUGAUUGGAUGUGUCCGGGGUGCGUCAAAGACGCUGAGGAGAAGGAGGCAGAAGAGGUAUCGAUCGAGGAGUCGGAUGAGGGAGAGGAGGCUGAGGAGAAGGAAAACGAGGAACCGUCGGCGAAACGGACGAGGCGGGCGGAGCUCGUCGACGUAAGGGACGGUGAUGAACAGGAGGCGCUCACGGACUUGUCGGACUUGUCGGAGGAGGAAACGGAGGAGGAAUCACUGAAGGUGCUCGGCCAAACCUUAAACCAACUGGAAGGAGUACUCCAACAACUACCGGAGAUACUCCAAAGACGACAGGAGACGAACGAAAUGUUGUUCAGGGCUGCACUCCAAAGACAAACGGAGGCGACGAGGGCUGCCGACUUCGACAGAUUCCGUUACGCAGCACAGAGCGAGCAGAGUGGGUGUUGA